AGUAGAAGCCAAGAAUAAAAGGGAUUCUUCUGACUAUCAAGGCACAGAUGGAUCGUCUUCACCUGUUGUUCGUCUUUUGCGGGGUCUUCGCACUGGCCCAAGCAGGAUCGAGAAAGUCAUCAAAAUCAUUCAAUGACUGCCCUAAAGGCUGGACUCAGCUGGACAAUUACUGCUACAUCUACCAAAAUGAUGCCAGGACCUUUUCAGAUGCCGAGAGCGUCUGCAACGUUCUCGGCGGGAAUCUGGUCUCGAUCACCAGUCUCAAGGAACAUGCGCUCGUAGUGGAGCUGAUUCGGCAUGAGGCCGGUGCUGUCGUUGACACCUGGAUUGGAGCUCACGAUGCCGUUGAGGAAGGCGAAUUCUUCUGGACAGAUGGUGAAGUUUUUAAGUUCACUAACUUUGGUCCUAACCAGCCUGACAAUAACGGUGGAGUCGAAGACUGUUUUGAGAUUGAGGGAGACGACUCCCUAUGGGAUGAUGAUGAAUGCAGCGAAGAGAACCCUUUUGUUUGCAGCAGAGCUGUGGAGAAAAAAGAUUGCCAUUGAUAAGGUGUCAAAUCUUCAAAAAUGUUGUCUUUCCUUCCUUAAUCACUUAAUCACUUAUCUCUUUGGUGUCUUUCUUUUUUCAUGAUCAGGUUACUGAUUAAUGAUUGCUUGCUGUUUAAACAAUUUCCAUGAGUAUCUUUUCAAUAAAUUGUUGCAUUCU